ACAGUGUCAGCUAGCAGGCAGGGUACCUUAGGAGAAAUGCAAUGAAAUGCAAAGCACUUUCCUUUGUGGAAUCUUUUCAACCCUUCCAAUAAUCAAUCCAUCACCUCCAUUCCCUGUAAUCUCUCUCUCCAUAUAUUGGCCCUUAUUCAGUGAUCCUUCCCCAAUCCCUCCAACUCCUAUCACCAUUUUCUCAAACCCCAUUAUUCCAUCUCUCUAAGAAGGAACUGUAAUUUCUCUCUCUAAAAGCAAGAGAGGUACUCACUUUCUUUCUCUCUCUACGCAAAAAGUCAAGGGUGGCCUAUUGUCUUGCUGAAAAAGCCACAGGAUUAAAAGCUUUUUAUCCCCCCAAUCCCAAAGGAAAGAAGGUAAUCCCUCUCUCUCUCUCUCGACUGAGAUCCAGAACUUUUCUUGCCCCCUUUCUAUUUGUGGGUCAUUUGGAGCUGACAGUGAAGGCCAUGGAAAUAUCAGAGAUGCUCCUCAAGUACAAAUACCAUGCCAUCUAUGCAUCUCUGGUCUUUCUCUCUCUAUUGUCUCUGGUUCUUGUAGCACCCAAAUUCCUCACCAUUUUGAAGUUUUUCUGGCCUCUAUUGGUUUCCACUGGUCUUUUCCUUGUGGCCAUCAUCUUCUUUGGUAAAACUGCUUCAUGGGAAAUGGGGUCUUCGGAGAGAGGAGGGGAAUUUUCAGAUGGGUUAGAGAGUGAGAGCAGAGAGGGAUUUGUGGGUACCUCUGAAGGUUCAGUUAACUCCUCUAAUGGCGUCCUUGAAUCAGCUGCAGAGCAACAUGAAGGUGGGGUUUCGGUGUUUAAUAGCAUCAUGGGUUUUAUGGGUCACAAGGAGGAAGAUGCAGGUUCUCGUAGAGAGAGAAAACAGAAGAAAUCUCUUUGAAAUUGUGUUUUUCUCUCUUCAUUUUCUCUUAUUGUAACUAUGUAAAAAUUGUGUGUCUCUGGUUACUGGUAUUUUUAUGAUACAUGUAAUGAAGUACCAAGAAACCCUUCUGGUUUCAUUAAUUGUAAAUCUGAAUAAGUAUCUCUCUCUGUAAAUUUCUCCCUCUCUCUAAAAGCAUUUGGUUUUGCCCUUUUUCUGGA